GCCAGAGAUAAGGCUCCGACCGGAAGUGGCUCACCAGCUCUUCAGAUGCUUCCAGUAUCAGGAGGACAUGGGGCCCCGAGCAUCGCUGAGCCGGCUCCGGAAGCUCUGUAGCCACUGGCUGCAGCCAGCACUACACAGCAAGAAGCAGAUCUUGGAGCUGCUGGUGCUAGAACAGUUCCUAAGCGUGCUACCCCCACACCUCCUGGCCCGGCUCCAGGGCCAGCAGCUGCGGGAUGGCGAGGAAGUGGUGCUGCUGCUGGAGGGCGUCCAGAGGGAGUCCAUCGACGUGGGGCCACUGGAUUUUAGUUUUAACACUGGCAAGAAUUGUCCCCGUGCCGACAUCACCUUGGAAGAACAGGGCGACCCUUCUCAGGUCUCUAUCCAUAGCCCCAAAAAGGAAGGGCACCCAGAAAAGCCUCCAGCCCUGGAGCCGACGAAAGGACUCCUGCCGCCCCAGCCAGGGCCCUCCGAGUCUGCAGAGCUGGGGGCCUGGAGACGCCCUGCACAUUCAAAGCAGCCACUGAGCCCAGGUCCCAAGAGGACGUUUCAGGCCCUGCAAGAGAGUGGGCUGCCCGCCCCCCAGGACCGCGAGCUGUGGCCUGAGGAGAGCUCCCAUGAUCAGGAGCUGGCUGCUGUCCUGGAGUCCCUGACCUUUGACGAUGUCCCAGUGAAGAAGGCAUGGCCUGUGCACCCUCUGGGAUUUGGAAGCAGAAGCCAAGAUGAGGCAUUUCAAGAAGGGCCCAAAGAGGGUGCCUGGUCUGCUGCCCUCUCCGCAGAGUCUCAGGAAGGUAGUGCAGAGGUGACAGAAGAGCCCCAUGCACAGUCACUUGGGCAGGGCCCUGGAGUGAGCCGCUCUCAUGGAGGAGAGUCCCCUGAUGGUAAGAGUGAUGUUCUAGAGGCCAAAGUGGUGGGAGGGGCCUCCAAGCCGGAAGCAGAGACAAAGUUCAUCUGCACAGAAUGUGGGGUGAGUUUCACAAAGCUGGCCCGCCUGGAAGGGCACCAGUUGCGGUCCCACCCUGGCGCGCGGUCCUUCCCGUGCCUGUGCUGUGGGAAGACCUUCGGCCGCAACUCUAUCCUCAAGCUGCACAUGCGCACGCACACGGACGAGCGGCCACACGCCUGCCACCUCUGCAGCCACCGCUUCCGCCAGAGCUCACACCUGAACAAGCAUCUGCAGACACACUCUGAGCCCGCCUUCUUGUGUGCUGAAUGCGGCCAGGGCUUCCAGAGUCGGACCAGCCUCCUGCAGCACCUGUUGGCUCACUCCCAGGACCAAAAGGCGCCCUGUACCACGGAGACCAAGACCAAAGCGCCAGAACUGACUGUCGUCCUGUGCUCCCAUUGCGGCCAAACCUUCCAGCGCCGCUCCAGCCUCAAGCGCCACCUGCGGAUUCAUGCCAAAGACAAGGGCCACCAGCGCUCCGAGAACUCGGACAACCUGCGCAGGAGCUCUGAUGAGCGCAGGCCCUACGUGUGCAGCGACUGCGGCAAGGCUUUCCGGCGCAGUGAGCACCUGGGGGCCCACCUGCGUGUGCACACAGGCGAGCGGCCCUUCUCCUGCCAGGUCUGCAGCCGCAGAUUCAGCCAGAGCUCCCAGCUGGUCUACCACCAGCGGGUGCACACGGGCGAGAAGCCCUACGGCUGCCAGCAGUGCGGGAAGCGUUUUGUGCGCCGAGCUAGCCUCGCCCGCCACCUCCUGACCCAUGGUGGCCCAAGGCCCCACCGUUGCACCCAGUGCGGCAAAACCUUCAGCCAGACUCAGGACCUUGCUCGCCACCGGCGCAGCCACACUGGCGAGAAGCCCUGCCGCUGCAGCCAGUGUGGCGAAGGCUUCAGCCAGAGUGCCCACCUAGCGCGCCACCAGCGCAUCCACACCGGGGAGAAGCCCCACUCCUGUGACACCUGUGGCCACCGCUUCCGCAACAGCUCCAACCUGGCCCGCCACCGCCGCAGCCACACCGGUGAGCGGCCCUACGGCUGCCAGACGUGUGGCCGGAGUUUCCGACGCAAUGCCCACCUGCAGCGGCACCUGGCCACCCAUGCAGGCACAGGGGAUGCAGCGUCUGGGCAGGCCGAGCCCCCUCAAGAAUGCCUAGAGUGUGGCAAGAGCUUCAGCCGUAGCUGCAACCUGCUGCGUCACAUGCUGGUGCAUACUGGAGCUAGGCCUUACUCCUGCACACAGUGUGGCCGCAGCUUCAGCCGCAAUUCCCACCUGCUGCGCCAUCUGAGAACCCACUCCCGGGAGACCCUGUACUAGCUUUGCUCAGCUUCCUCCAGGCCUCUACCCUGUGGGCCUCUCUCUACCUGGCCUCCUCUGCAGGAGAGGUCCCUGUACC